AAAGAGCCAAACAAAACUGUUAAAUAAAACAGCUGGUCCGUAACAGAGCAAGAAGAAGAGCAUAAUCACACGUGUGUAAAUUCCACCACUUUAAAUUCAGAAUUGUUUACUUAAUGUUUUUAAGACGGCUAUUAAACGACUACACCAAGUUCGCCUGAAAAUCCUUUGCAAACCCUGGAAUCGCCAGAAAUCCUUCGCUGCAGCGAUGUCAGAGGCGCUAGAUAAAUUGGAGGUGGAGAAGGAAGCCAGGAAAGAGGCCAAGGAAUUGGAGGGCGAAGCCGUGAAAGAGGCCAACCGCAUCAAAAGAACACUUAAGCGCAAGAAAUGGGUCGAUUGGAAGGAGCAGGACGAGAAGGAUGCCGCUAACGGUGUGAAGCGGGCGCCCUUCGAUCCAGCCGAGCGGAUUAAGCGCAAGAAGAGUGCCAUCCUGCUUAGCUACUGCGGCGCAAACUACUAUGGGAUGCAACGCAAUCCCGGCAUGCAGACCAUUGAGGAGGAGCUCUUCAAAGCCAUGCUAAAGCACAAGUGGAUCACAGAGGACAGCUUUGAGCAGAUUCAGAUUUCCUGUUUCCAAAGGGCCGCUCGGACCGACAAGGGCGUCUCCGCAGCCCGCCAGGUGUGCUCCGUCAAGCUGCCUGAGGAGCUGGACCUGGAGGCCUUCAAUGCCGAUCUGCCGCAACAGAUCCGUCUCUUUGGCGUAGAGCGCGUGACUAAAGGCUUCAAUGCCAAGGACCAGUGCAAUGCUAGGACCUACACCUACACUCUGCCCACCAUGGCCUUUGCCUCCUUUGAGGAAAAGGUCGACGACUUGCACGACACCUUCCAGAUUUCCCCUGAGCUGCUGGAGAAAGUGACAGAAACCCUAAAGCUCUAUGAGGGCACGAAGAAUUUCCACAACUUCACCAGCAAGAAAAGCUUCCUGGAUCCUUCGUCCAAGCGGUUCAUCAUGUCCUUUACAAGAAGCGAGCCAUUCCGGAGUCCCCAGGGCAUAGAGUUUGUCACACUUAAGGUCAAGGGUCAGAGCUUUAUGCUGCACCAGAUCCGCAAGAUGGUGGGUUUAGCCAUUGCCAUUGUACGGGGAAACACGACGGCGGCGACUUUAGAGCGGGCACUGACGGAGGAGCGCCUGGACCUGCCGAUGGCCCCUGGGCUGGGCCUUGUGCUGGACACGGUGCACUACGAGCGAUACAACGAUCGCUACGGCAAGGAUGGCAUCCACAAUCCGCUGACGUGGCAGGCGCAGGAGGCGCAAGUGCAGAAGUUUAUCGAGAGGGAGAUCUUUAGCCAAAUCUAUAAGACAGAAGCCGAGCAGCGUAACAUGCUCGACUGGAUAGGAACGUUGCAUUAUCACUCGUACGACACGCGGGCGGAGGACGCACCUCCAUCUUCCUCGGAUAGCAAGAAGAUUAAAGGUGGUGAUGACGACAAUGAUGAAUAAAAUAGAUUUUUGUGUAUGCACAUGAAUAAAGAAAGCCUAAUCAAUUGACCAGGUGUACAAUAAAUUAAAAUGCAAAA